AUGCUCCUCGGCAGCCUUACCAUCUUCUCCCUCCUCACCUGGACCCUCGCCGCUUCUGUGUCAACACUCUACCAAUUCAGCGACAAAGGCACAUUCAUCGAUAACCUCGUCAUCCGACAAAAUGGCCAUAUACUUCUUACGCGAAUUGACGUUCCCCAAGUCUGGUCCGUCGACCCAGAUACCCAUGUCGGGACUCUGGUGCACGAUUUUAGUUAUGACAACUCCACUAUAACCAGCUGCUUCGGCAUUGCUGAGGUACACCCAGGAUCGGAUAUUUUCGCGGUGAUAACUGGUAGCUUCGACUCGAGUAGUUUCUCCUCUAUACCAGGCUCGUUUGAGGUAUGGAAGUUGGAUGUCAGCGGGGACGAAACGGAAGCGUUGCCAUUGGUUUCCAUUCCUGAGGCGAAGGCGUUGAGUGCUGUUAUCAAGUUUGGGGAUCUACUCUUGAUUGCCGAUAGUCCGGACGGUGCGAUAUGGCGUGUCAACCUCCGCACAAACGAAUAUGCCAAAGCCAUCGUGCAUGAGUCGAUGUUGCCCGCACCGAAUGCACCGCCAAUGGGGAUUAACGGUAUCCGUGUGCGAAACGGCUUUUUGUACUAUGCUAGUACUACGAGACAAGAGUUCCGGCGAGUGGCUAUCAGUUCGAAUGGAGAAGCUACAGGGCCGUUUGAGAUAAUCGCCAGCGGCAUCGCUCUGGAUAAUUUUGAUUUGGAUGUGGAUGGUACGGCGUACAUGGCGACGAACGCAGAGAAUUCGAUUACCAAGAUCUCACUAGAUGGGAAGGUUGAGACUGUUGCUGGAGGAAAGUCAUCGAGGGAGUUACCAGGGCCGACGUCUUGUGUAUUGAAGGGGAAGAUGCUGUAUGUUGGGACUAAUGGAGGCUUGACUGAGCCGGUGGAUGGUGUGUUUACGGAGCAAGGGAAGGUUGCAAUCAUUAAGCUUCCUUAA